CCAAAAAAAAAAAAAGAAGCCAACGACUGGCAAAAGAAGCACCCGGUCUGAUACCUGCGCCACCCCUCCGAUUCGAAAUUUCGGACCGCUUCGUCUCCGUCGAUAUGGCGACGACCGCCGCCGCCGCCGCCGCCGCGACUCGCCGCUCCGUCUUCCUCGGCGUCGACGUCGGCACCGGCAGCGCCCGCGCCGGUCUUUUUGAUGAGGAAGGAAAGCUACUAGGGUCUGCUAGCAGUCCAAUACAAAUAUGGAAAGAGGGUGGCUGUGUGGAGCAAUCAUCAACGGAUAUCUGGCAUGCAAUUUGUGCUGCUGUAAAAGCGGCAUGCUCCCUUGCAAAUAUAUCUGGUGAAGAUGUCAGCGGAAUUGGGUUCGCUGCCACUUGUUCUCUUGUUGCAGUGGAUGCUGAUGGUUCACCAGUAACAGUUUCCUGGAGUGGCGAUUCAAGAAGAAAUAUUAUAGUCUGGAUGGAUCACCGAGCUAUAAAGCAAGCUGAAAAGAUCAAUUCUAGUAACUCCCCAGUACUUCAAUAUUGCGGUGGAGCUGUUUCCCCAGAAAUGCAACCACCUAAGCUCCUGUGGGUGAAAGAAAAUUUGCAAGAGUCCUGGUCACUGGUGUUUAGGUGGAUGGACUUGAGUGACUGGUUGUCAUACAGAGCAACUGGAGACGAUACUCGGAGUUUGUGCACUACAGUAUGCAAAUGGACUUAUCUUGGUCAUGCACACAUGCAGCAGAGUGAAAAAGAUUCUCGGGAUAUGGAAGCCUGUGGCUGGGAUGAUGACUUUUGGGAGGAGAUUGGCCUGGCCGAUCUUGUGGAUGGUCAUCAUGCCAAGAUUGGAAGAAGUGUAGCUUUCCCUGGACAUCCUCUGGGAACUGGUCUAACUCCAGUUGCUGCAAAGGAACUAGGCCUCAUAGCAGGAACUCCUGUAGGAACUUCGCUAAUUGAUGCUCAUGCUGGUGGUGUUGGGGUUAUAGAAAGUGUUCCAGAGUCGGACACUGAAGAUAAAGAAAAUGAUAAGGAGGCCAUAUGCCAUCGGAUGGUGCUUGUUUGUGGUACUUCCACUUGUCAUAUGGCUGUAGCACGGAGCAAGCUGUUCAUUCCAGGAGUCUGGGGACCAUUUUGGUCAGCAAUGGUGCCAGAGUAUUGGCUUACAGAGGGUGGGCAAAGUGCUACUGGGGCAUUGUUAGAUCACGUGAUUGAAAAUCAUGUAGCUUCUCCACUGCUUGCAAAUCGUGCUGCUUCACAAAGUGUAUCAGUAUUUGAGCUACUGAACAAGAUGUUAGAAUCUCUUAAGCAUGACCUCAACGCUCCUUUUCUCGCUGCUUUGACUGAGAAUAUUCAUGUCCUUCCGGAAUUUCAUGGAAAUAGGUCACCCCUUGCGGAUCCACUAGCAAAAGGAGUGAUUUGUGGAUUAACCCUUGAUUCAAGUGAGAAGCAAUUGGCUCUUCUAUACUUAGCUACUGUCCAAAGUCUUGCAUAUGGUACUCGCCACAUAGUGGAGCAUUGCAAUGCCCAUGGCCAUAAAAUUGAUACACUACUAGCAUGUGGGGGCCUGGCCAAGAAUCCAUUGUUCCUUCAACAACAUGCAGACGUCAUAGGUUGCCCAAUUAUUCUUCCAAGAGAAAGUGAGUCUGUUCUAUUGGGUGCUGCAAUCCUUGGGGCAGUCGCAGCAAAGAAAUAUUCUAGUCUUGGAGAGGCCAUGAAAGCGCUGAAUUCUGCUGGUCUGGUCAUACAUCCAUCUAAUGACCCGAGGAUAAAGAAGUACCAUGAUGCCAAGUACCGUAUAUUCCGUGAGCUUUAUGAGCAGCAGCUGGCUCAGCGUUCAAUCAUGGCUGAUGCUUUGGCAUAGAUGUUUUGGUGCGGAUUUUGAACUUCAGAGCUCUUUUUAUCGGGGGUUCAGUCUGUACUCAGCAUGACACGUUAAUAGUUUUCUCCCUCUUCUUUUUACCUCUCUCUCUCUCUCUCUCUCUUCCUGGUCGUUGGAAUAUAUAUACAGUAAAUAUACAUUUAAAAUUCACUUCUUCGUGGAAUGAGUUGAUUACUUUGCA